AUGUCGUUCUGUUCAUCACCGGAACCAUCGGUCGAGUAUCGUUGGAUUGAUGGGGUGGAGCGCCUGGAAAUGUAUGAGCCUGGAGGAUAUCACCCCGUAAUGAUCGAUGAUAUACUGCACAAACGCUAUGGGAUAGUAGACAAAUUGGGAUAUGGUGGUUAUUCUACCAUCUGGCUUGCUCGAGACGAGACUCUGAAACGCUACGUUGCUGUCAAGAUCGGAAUAUCGAGCCCGUCGCUCCCUCAACGGGAAAUUCAUGUGUUGCGCGCACUACAUAGUUCGAGGUCAAGCUCAAAAGCUCCCGCAGGUCCUGACACGAACGCGCUGCCGAGUGUUCUCGAUGCAUUCGAUAUUCACGGACCCAACGGAAGUCACGCGUGUUACACGCUGACUCCCGCCCAAGGGAAUCUGAAGGAAGCCUCGUUCAGUCGUCUCUUUCCAAUACAAGUCGCACGCGCUUUGGCUGCAAGAUUAGCGACUGCGGUAGCGUCUGUGCACUCACGCGGUUUUGUUCAUGGAGACAGUCUAGAUCUUCAUCUUCGAAACGUGUUGGUAAGGCUUCCAUCCACCUUUGAAGGACUCUCGGUCGAGGAAUUCCGAGAAAAAUUUGGUAAGCCUGACAUGGUACCCAUUGCUCGGGUCGAUGAGAAACCCCUCACUCCCAACGUACCGGCUCAAGCUGUAGUGCCUCUUUAUCUUGGUAAAAAAGCCCAAGAUUUUACUUUGGACGAUGCAAACGGCCUAAUUCUCAGCGACUUUGGCGAGGCGUUCUCCCCAGCUACAGAGCAGCGAAUAAAAUUCAUCUUUAGCGAGUCAGAAACACAGGAUGAGCUUGUGGCCGAGCAAAUCGAUGUCCUGGGUUAUCAUGGUUUCCCCGAAAGCUGGAGAAACCAAUGGGAACGACUACGAAAGGAAGAGGAUUGCGAGAACGGUGUGAUACCUCGACAGCCAAUUGGCGAUCGGGAGACGUGGCCUAGUCUUGAGGACGCCUUUGAAGAAUUUGUGCAGAAGUACAGAAGGAGACGAGAGGCAGCUGGGACUUUUGAUGAGGAAGAAACGCGGGCGAUCCUUGAUUUGAUGCGCCGUAUGCUCAAGUUUCGACCUAGUGAGCGUCUGACUAUAGACGAAGUACUCAAUUCUGAGUGGAUGAUUGAUUGGGCAUUGCCUGAGUUGGGGGGUUCGUACACUAGUCUGACGUCCAGAAAGUAA